AUGCAUCGCAAGCCAGCUAUGGCCUUGGAUGGAACGGAAAAGCCCGCUUUACGGGGCACUGUGCGGUUUGAUGACGUCUACUUUACCUAUCCUACUCGUCCGAACAACCUCGUUUUGAAGGGUUUGUCUUUGAUCAUCCCGGCUGGUUCCAUUGUGGCUCUUGUGGGUCCAAGUGGUGGUGGUAAAUCAUCUAUAGUAUCUUUACUGCAACACAUGUACGAACCGGACAGUGGGUCGAUAACUAUUGACGGUAUCCCUAUAAAGCAAAUUGAUCACGAGUAUUAUCAUGAGAAUGUAGUGUUAGUGGCACAGGAACCAGUUCUGUACAAUGGAAGUAUUAAAGAUAACAUCCUUUAUGGGUGUGAGUGGGCUACCGAGACCGAUAUGCUGGAGGCCGCUGAAAUGGCCAAUGUGCACGGUUUCGUUAUGGAGUUGGAAAAGAAAUACGACACCUUGUGUGGUGAUCGAGGCGUACAGAUGUCGGGUGGUCAGAAACAACGUAUAGCAAUCGCUCGCGCAUUGGUACGAAAACCUUGUGUGCUGAUUCUUGACGAAGCCACCAGUGCUCUCGAUGCUGAGUCGGAAGCUCAAGUCCAAGAGGCAAUCAAUCGGUGCGUUGACUUGCCAUCACUGGUGUGA